GAUAACUUCUUUUGCUCAUAAAUAAGUAUUCAUAGACAUUAAAACUAUAGAGGGUAGGUGGCGUGGCCAUGUAUCCCAAUCAUUAUAACAAUUUUCAUCUACGAGUGCUCUAUGAACAACAAGACAAUGCCAUCUAUUGAUAUUAGAUGAAAGUAUAAUUGUCCCGAUUGAUUCUAACAAUCAUCAUGUUUCACUUCACAAUGACAAGACAGCAUAUUCACAUUUUUUGCCUUAUCUGAAUAGUAAUAACUUUCCCUUUUUCUGCUUUUGUCAUUGCAAUAUAAACUCCUUAUAUAGAUAAUUCAUACACUUUGCUUUCAGGAUGAUAUAGUCUAAGUAUGAGCAGUUCGCGGGAAUAGUUCCCAACAAAGCAGGUAAAACGUAUAUUGAAAGCUGCCUUUCCAUCAAAUCUAUGAUUCAAGGAUGUUCAAUCUGCCGCAUCGAUCAAAUAGAAGCAACUGGACUUGGAUAUUAUAAUUGAUCGCCCAAAGUUAAGGAGGCCGUAUCAUCCAGAAGAAACCUGGGCGGCAAAUUUGUUUGACCUGCUACCUACUGGCAUAGUUGAACUUCAUUCAAUAAUAUCUUUCUAAGCUUCGAAAGCGGCAAUGGAUCAAGUAAUAGUUAUUGAUGAUGAUGAUGCUGUUGUUAUGGUUGAAGAUGACGAUAGAGACGAGGUGGUGUUUCUAGAACGAGCUCCCAGUAUGUCCCCAACACACUUUUCCAUCAGCCUCAACAUUAGAAAUCGACCCUCGCGUCUAAAGCCUAGAGAGUACUACCUCACAGAGUCAACGCUUAGAUCUCAUUCCGAAAGUUUUCCUGCACCCGAUCAUUCGGCUAGUUUUCCUCUCAUUGAAUUGACGGCUACUAUGACUUCCAAUAGCACGAAAUCCCAGGAAAGCAACAGCCCUAGAGAAAGAGUUUGCGGUGUCUCAGCUACUCCUCCAGGAUUCAUACUUCAAGACGAGGGAUACGAAUCAUUAAGGCCCGGGAAUAUCACCGUUGAAGCAUUAACCAAUCAGGAAACAUCACAAGACCGCAUUCGUCUCUUAAGACGUCCGGAUACUGAAGAAGGCCCUUUCAGCCGUGGCAACGAAAUGGUUGCCAACUCUCGGAACACGUCUUAUACUCAUUCUAUGCUCGAGCGUCGCUCUUCCAAUGGAAGUUUAAUCUCGAUUUCGGAUGAUGGGAACGGAAACGAAGAGAAAAUGUCUACUGUCCAAGAUAUGACUUUGCGAACAGAUGAUAACACCGUCAUGAUCGAAGACAACGAUGACUUAGAAUUUAAGCUUGAAUCUCAACUCCUAGAGAAACCCGAGUUUGAGUUCUUGCGCUCUGUUAGCGUAAGUAGAGAGCCGAAAUCCCAGCCGAAACUUAAAGUCUUUCCAUUACGCAAUCCUCCGAUCGUCAGCCCUUAUUCCGAAUGUGAAACGUAUUUGCACGGAAAGCUCAUCUUAAGACCAGCGAAAACGGUAGAACUGGAGGACGGCGAUUUUAUUUACAUUAAGCACAUUGUGAAGUAUAUCAAGCCUGAAGACAGUCAUGACUCUAGUGUUGCCAAAACUCAAAAUUUCUCCAUUACCAUUCGAGGAUUUCGGUUACAAAGAUGCAAGUACCUGAACGGCAUGCUGGAAAAGAAGAUGAACGAAGUCUGCCUAUGUUACGAAAUAGACUUAGAUGAUCCACGGGUACCAGAAGAGCAAAGUCUUGUCGAAGUACCUUUGAGCUCUGUGAAAGCUCCACGUAGUCUUCGUUGGACAAAUCACACUUACCCAAAGUAUCGCAACCUGAAUCGUGACGCUACCUGGACUGAUCAAGACACGUACAAUGAAGGGGGGCUUACUGUGCGCUGGAAAUAUACUUGUAAAUAUGCAUCAGCCUCAGCUAGAGAAAAGAAUACGUAUGCAGAGAGAACUCUGGAGCGGAUCACGGAGGAAUGGCUUUCUUCAGUACAUCAAAGCACGCAAUCAUAUCUGGCCUCAAAUACCAGACUUCGAACCGAAUGGCGCGGAGAAACAGUUGCUGGUGGCACUCAUGUACCAGAAUGCUAUGAUGUUGACGGAGAAGAAACAUCGGUCGAAGUCCGACAAGCUCGAAAUUCUACCGUGGUCGAAGAUAGCAAAAGUCGACCUGAAACAUUCAUAAUCGUCGACGAGGAUGACGAUGAAGAUGACGAUGGUGCUUCUUCGCCUGCUAUAUCUCAACAAUGUGAGGUUGGUGAGCUAAAAACCAAACGCAAGUCAGAUUUCUCGUCCUCUUCGGAUCGAGAUAGUGACCAAGAAAACAGCAAAUCAGCAAAAAGAGCCCGCCAAGUUCCCGAGGACGAUAUCGAAAAGAUUAGGCGGCGUCUAGGUAGGAUGAAGCUUGAGUUCAACGGUAAAGAAUACAUUAGACAUUCUUACAAUAUCGGGAUAUUGUCAGAGACAGUUCCAAAAAGCGGGCCCGAAAGCAAGCCGACCUACAAACAACAAAUUCGUGACACGGAAAGACCAACUAGAGCCUUUCGAUCUAACAGAAGUGUUCUACCAAGAUUGAGGGGUCGCUUAACUUCACCAAGAAACAGUGCCCUUAAAACUCAAGCUUUCUAUCCUGAGGCUAGUGUUUCACUGCCCUCAUCUCCAGCUCCAUCACCAAGCAUUCCUCCUCAAAUCGAAAUAUCUUCAUCCGAGUUAGCCUCCCCGCCUUCUAGCGGAGUUAUCGACCUAUCGUCCCACCAAUCCCGAUCUUCCUCGUUAGUUCCAGCUCACAGCCCAAGACCGCCUCCACUCAGUGAGCCACUCGUUCUGGCUCCCGGACAAACCUACACUUACGGUGAUGCAUUCUGUGGAGCAGGUGGUACCACACGUGGUGCCGUCAUGGCAGGUCUCCGCGUAAAAUGGGGUUUCGACUUCGACCAGCACGCCUGCACAACAUGGCGUCUCAAUUUUCCCGGCGCGACUUGCUACGAGAUGUCCUCGGAACGUUUCGUAUCUCUAGCUACUCCUUCUCCGUGUUCUUCAAACAUUCCUAAUGAUGUCAAAGUUGAUAUUCUUCAUCUUUCACCUCCGUGUCAGUAUUUUUCACCUGCGCAUACAGUCGAAGGAAAGAAUGAUGAAAUGAAUACUGCGAGUUUAUUUGCUGUGGCUGCAGUUAUCAAGGUUGCAAAACCGAGGGUUGUGACGUUGGAACAGACAUUUGGGAUCCUAUAUCCGAGGUUUAGAGGAUAUUUCUCGAGUCUGAUAUGUAUGUUCACUAGUUGUGGGUUUUCGUUGAGGUGGGCCAUCGUGCCUUUGGCUCAGUGGGGGCUCCCGCAAAGAAGAUUUCGUCUGAUUAUUAUCGCAUCAUGCCCUGGCGAGCCCCUUCCCCCCAUGCCACCACCAACACACUUCUCACAUCCCUCUCCCAAUAACACCAAAUCCUUUAAAACCGUUUUCCAAACUCUCCACGAAAUCCCCAAAUCGGCAGAAAAUCACUCACCUCACCUUCUUCCGGAAAAAGAUCUCAAGCCAUACGAUUCCCACGCAAUUCUUCCACGCACAAUGACGACCAGCGGUGGUGAUAAUUGGCAUCCGAGCGGAAAGCGAGGAUUUACUGAUCGAGAAUUCGCUUGUUUGCAAGGGUUUCCGUUGGAGCAUAAGUUCGGACAAAAUGCGAUCAAAAAACAAAUUGGGAAUGCGGUGCCGCCGGUGGUGGCAAAGGUGUUGCUUGAGGGGAUUAGAAAAUUUAUGGAGAGAACAGAUGGAUUUGCGAGGGAUGAGGGGGAUGGGGAUGGGGAUGGGGACGGGGACGGGGACGGGGACGUGGAUAAUAAGAUGGAAAUUUGCGAAGAUAUCGACAUGGACAGAGUGCACAUUGAGGAUAUUAAUCAUCGAGGAGAGAUCGUAGAUCUUAUUAGCGAAGCUGGCGAUACGGAUUCGGAAACAAAAGAUAGGAAGGCUUUGAGUGAAGAGAGCUGUGAUGAGAUCAAAAUUGUCGAGGUCGUGGAACUGGGAAAGCAUAUUGUUGUUGAUUAGGUACCUAGUCAGUUGAGAAUCUCAACUUGAGAUGAGAGUACAAGGCGCGGGAAGGCGUUUUCAAAUUGCAUAAUUAGAUUAAUAUUGUUUGCCCUUUACUAUCUGGUCA